UUUUUUUGUUUUUGUCUCUUGCUCGGUGUUUCCAGGAGAAGGAGGACCAUGGUGGAACUGGAGAAGGAGGUGCUCCCGUUGCCUCCUCGGUACCGGUUCCGAGACCUGUUGCUCGGGGACUGGCAGAGCGACGACAGGGUGCAGGUGGAGUUCUAUGUGAAUGAGAACACUUUCAAGGAGCGCCUCAAGCUCUUCUUCAUCAAAAACCAAAGAUCCAGUCUGCGAGUGCGAAUGUUUAACUUUGCUCUAAAAGUGCUGAGCUGCCUCCUCUACAUCGUCAGAGUCCUGCUUGACAACCCGCAGGAGGAGAGACAAGACUGGAAACUCAUCAUCUGGGUUGAGAGACCUCUUCCUCUGUGGGCACUGCAGGUGCUUGUGGCUUUCAUCAGCUUCUCAGAAACCAUGUUGCUUGUGUAUCUCAGCUACAAGGGCAACGUUUGGGAGCAGGUCUUACGUGUCCCGUUCAUUCUGGAGAUGAUCAGCACCGUUCCCUUCAUGAUCACUGUGAUUCUGCCCUCCCUGAGAAAUCUUUUCAUCCCUGUAUUUCUCAAUUGCUGGCUGGCCAAACAUGCUCUGGAGAACAUGAUAAAUGAUCUCCACAGGGCGAUCCAGCGGACACACUCAGCCAUGUUUAACCAAGUGGUGAUCCUCAUCAGCACCCUGGUCUGUCUUAUGUUUACAUGCAUCUGCGGCAUCCAGCACCUCGAGAGAGCAGGAAACAACUUGACCCUGUUCCACUCGCUCUACUUCUGCGUGGUCACCUUCUCCACGGUGGGCUUCGGAGAUGUCACCCCUCAGAUCUGGCCCUCGCAGCUCCUGGUCGUCAUUAUGAUCUUUGUGGCGCUCAUUGUUCUUCCCAUCCAGUUUGAGCAGCUGGCCUUUCUGUGGAUGGAGCGACAGAAAUCUGGAGGCAACUACAGCCGCUACAGGGCCCAAACGGAGAAACACGUGGUGCUGUGCGUCAGCUGCCUGAAGAUCGACCUCCUCAUGGACUUCCUCAAUGAGUUCUUCGCUCACCCCCGGCUUCAGGACUACUACGUGGUGAUCCUUUGCCCAGCAGAAAUGGACGUCCAGGUCAGGAGGGUACUUCACGUCCCUCUGUGGGCUCUGAGAGUCAUUUACCUGCAGGGGUCUGCCCUCAAAGACCAAGACCUUAUGAGGGCCAAGAUGGACGAUGCUGAGGCCUGUUUCAUCCUCAGUAACCGGUUUGAAGUGGAUCGUAUCGCUGCUGAUCAUCAAACCAUCCUGAGAGCCUGGGCAGUCAAAGACUUCGCUCCAAACUGCCCCCUGUACGUCCAAAUUCUCAAGCCAGAGAACAAAUUUCAUGUUAAGUUUGCAGAUCAUGUGGUGUGUGAAGAGGAAUUUAAGUAUGCCAUGCUGGCUUUAAACUGUGUGUGCCCUGGCACCUCAACUCUUAUCACUUUAUUGAUCCACUCCUCCAGAGGCCAGGAAGGUGGUGCAGGUUCAGCAGACCAGUGGCACCGGACCUACCGGCGCUGCUCAGCCAACGAGGUGCAUCACAUUCGUCUGGAGGAGAGCAAAUUCUUUGGGGAAUACCAGGGCAAGAGCUUUACCUUUGCCUCCUUUCAUGCACACAAAAAGUUUGGAGUGUGUUUGAUCGGAGUGCGCAGACUGGACACCACCAACAUCCUGUUGAACCCGGGCCCAUGUCACAUCAUGGGGGCCUCUGACACAUGUUUCUACAUCAACAUCUCCAAAGAGGAGAACUCGGCCUUUGUGCGGGGACAGAGGGAGCCAUCCUGGGGGGUCACAGGGGGGGAUUCAAGAGGAGUGCACCCAAGUAUCUACCAUGGACUCACUCGGCUGCCUGUCCACAGUAUCAUCGCCAGCAUGGGCACCGUGGCCAUCGACCUGCAGGACUCCAGUGACAGCAGCCCUGAAGGUCCCACCCUGUCUCUGCCCACCAUGGGAGAUUCAGCAGACGAGAGACGACACAGCAUCGCACCUGUCCUGGAGCUGGUGGACGGUGUCAACAACCCCACCUUUGACCUUUUGGGGGAACAGUCGGAGGACGAAGGAGGAGAAGAGGGUAAAUGUGGACUGUCCCACAGGUGGGUGAAGGGAUACCCCCCAAACUCUCCGUACAUCGGGAGCUCACCAGCACUUUGCCAUCUUUUACAAGAAAAGAUGCCUUUCUGCUGCCUGCGCAUGGACAAGGCUUGCCAUCACAUCCCCUUUGAGGACGCUCGCUCCUACAGCUUCAAAAAUAAACUGAUCAUCGUGUCUGCGGAGGCUGCAGGAAACAGUUUGUACAACUUCAUUGUGCCUCUUCGGGCUUACUACAGAACGAGGAAGGAGCUCAAACCCAUCGUGCUGUUGCUGGAGAGCAUACCUGAAGCAGAUUUUUUGGAAGCAAUCUGUUGGUUCCCCAUGGUGUUCUACACAGUGGGCUCCAUCGAGAAUCUGGACAGUUUGCUGCGAUGUGGGAUCACUUUUGCCGACACCAUGGUGGUGUUUGACAAGGAGAGCUCCAUGAUCGCAGAGGAGGACUACAUGGCCGAUGCAAAAACUAUUGUCAACGUACAGACUUUAUUCAGACUGUUCCCAGCUCUCAGUAUCAUCACGGAGCUCACACAUCCUGCAAACAUGCGUUUCAUGCAGUUCAAAGUGAAGGACCACUACUCCCUGGCUCUGUCCAAACUGGAAAAGAAAGAACGAGAGAAGGGGUCCAAUCUGGUCUUUAUGUUUCGCCUGCCUUUUGCUGCUGGGAAGGUGUUCAGUGUGAGCAUGCUGGACACUCUACUCUAUCAGUCGUUCGUGAAGGACUACAUGAUCUCCAUCACCAGGCUGUUGCUUGGUUUGGACUCCAUGCCCGGCUCAGGUUUCCUCUGUGCUAUGAAAAUCACAGAAGACGACCUGUGGAUCCGAAACUACGGCAGGCUCUACCAGAAACUAUGCUCCUCCUCAGGAGACAUUCCUAUCGGCGUUUACCGUACGGAAGCUCACAAGCUUCCAGUGUCAGAGUCCCAGGUUUCCAUUACAGUCGAGGACUACGAGGACACCAGGGAGUCCAGAGAGCCCCUCCUGUCCCGCACAGGAGCCCACCGUAACUCUACCUGCUCUGAGCCCAUCUCCACCUCCUCCCACUCCUCAGACCAUCCGCUGCUCCGGAGGAAGAGCAUGCAAUGGGCACGGCGGCUGAGCAGGAAGGGGGGUCGGGGGUCGAAUGCAGCCAAAGGUGGUCCGGGCAGUGCCGCGGAGAGGAUCAGCCAGCAGAGACUGAACCUGUUCAGACGCUCAGAAAGACAAGAACUGAAUGCACUUGUGCGGACGAGGAUGAAGCAUUUGGGCCUGUCUCCAACUGGAUUCAAUGGGAUGACAGACCAAGGCAACAGACUGUCAUACAUCCUCAUCAACCCUUCUCCAGACACCCGGCUGGAGCUGCACGAUGUUGUGUACCUGAUCAGACCAGACCCCCUCUCCUUGGUGCCCAAUCAGGGGAGCAGCAGGAAGUGCAGCGCCGGACUAUCAGAGAGCCACAGGUUUGAUACGCAGGAUAGCACCCAUCUGUGAGGGACAAAGAAAAGAUCACAACGCCGCUGGAGGGAAGGGAAACGAGAUGAAGCCAAUCAUGGAGGAGAAAAGAGACGCUCAGAAAAUGACG